AUGCCCACGGUGAAGUCGCUGGCUUCGAUGGGCACUCGCUUCACGCGGGCGUACACGACCUCACCUCUCUGCGUUCCCGCUCGCAGCUCCCUCACUGCUGCCAGGGAGUACAAGGACAUGUGGGUGCAACACAACGAGGCAGUCUAUGUGUCACCUCAGAUGUCUCCCACCUUCAUGUCUGCCCUGCGGGAUUCGGGCUACACAACCAUACUUGCUGGCAAGGACCAUCUCUCAGGGGACCGUGGCUACCUGAUCAACGCCACGGAGAUGGAGGUGCUGGGAGUGGAUCUCUUCUCAAGAUCCGGGGACAAGUACGGAAUCUGCCGCAAUGCCUGGAAAGAUGGAGUGUUGGAUCAUUUCGGCUUGCACCUGAAAGAGAAGAAGCUCUUGCGCGCCUACUGCGCCGCAGUGGGGAUCAUGGGCCGCGGCGGCUGCUGCAAUGCGACGCCUGUGUGCGACACGGUCUUCUUCGACGAGUGUGGUUUCAGGUGCAACGCAGUCGGGUGCCUGGAGCCCGAAUUGGGUGUGGAUCGCUGGAGCCGACUACAGGCACAGGAGCUCCUGCAGCGGCAUUGGAAGCAACAUGGAGAGAAGCCCUGGUUCUUGCAGCUGGGCUUCCCCAGCCCACAUCCACCCUUCAUCGCCGGCAGUCAUCACGAGGUGGGGCCGCUUCCGGAAGCUGUCGACGCGCAGUUUGACACCAUCUGGGCCCCGAUGCCGAAUGGAACACUGACAAAAUGGCCGAACCCUUUUCGGAACUCGGUGAAUGUUCGUGAAAGCCGGGAGAGCUACGCCAAGCUCCUCGCCAUGCUUGACUCGGAGAUCCACCACAUGCUGCAGUUCUUGGAGAAGCACCAUGCCCGAGAGAACACCGUGGUCAUCAUCACCAGUGACCAUGGCGAUCACCUUGGCGACCACGGCGAGUGGGCCAAAUCCAGUCCUUGGGAACCCGCUGUGCACAUCCCAUUGAUUGUUGCGGGCCCCUCCAUCCGAGCAGACUUCAUCGAGGAAACCCCUGUGUCCCUCAUUGACGUGCCCCGCACAAUGCUGGACAUCGCUGGAGCGACACCUUUUCCUGCCAUGGGUGGCUACUCACUGCUCCCAGCCUUACGGAACACCGGGCCAGUGGAGCGGCCGGCAGUGCUGAGCGGCCUCCACAUGCCUUCAUAUCAGGGCGCCCUCAACGAGUACUUUGAGACUGCUUCGGCGCUGUUCAACGAAACGCAGUUUCUGAAGCUGGUUUGCUGCCCCCGCGGCUGUUCCAAACAGGGCUCCCUGCUGCCUUAUUCGAGUUCCGUCCAGGUUGCCCUGAUGAACGUCACCAGCGGCGUCGGCAUCACCAAGUUUGAGCAUGACGUUCUGAACAAGCCUUCUGGGCACGGCGUGGCCGAAGCCAAGUACUUGGCAGACUUCUUGAGCCCAGAGUUCCGAAGCGCGUGCUUGCCGCUGCUACGGUGA